CCUGAAGGUGCCACAAGCAUUGUGAUUUAUGAAGUAAGGGAGUCAAACAACUACCUCGCUAUCAGAAGCAAGAUCAAGGACAAAUAUUAUUUAAACGGCGGAUACCGCAUCGACUUUCCGAGGAGUAUUGUGAUAGCUGGUACCCUGUGGCACUACGAGCGUUCGCCCCAAGGGUUUGCUGCGCCAGAUAAGCUGACUACUCUCGGUCCCACCACAGAACCCUUGUAUUUAUCACUGCUCCUCGUUGAUGACAAUGUGGGUGUUCAGUAUGAGUACAGCUUGCCGACCGCCUUGGCUCCCCGUCCGCAUCAGCAAUACAACUGGGUUCAUGGUGAAUUCACACCCUGCAGUGCUUCGUGUGGUGGAGGUUUUCAAACACGCAAUGUGAGCUGUCGGUCGCGUGAUGAACUAGAUGAAGUAAAAGAUAACCUGUGUGAUGAAGGUCUUAAGCCACCUACCAACCAGAGUUGCAACACGGAGGUGUGCCCAGCGCACUGGGUGGAGGGACCUUGGAGUAACUGCUCGAAGCCUUGUGGAGAAGAUGGAACCAGAUCGCGGCAGGUUCGCUGUGAGCAGGUCAUCAGUAAUGGACAUUCGUCAAUAGUCGAUGAUAAGGAAUGCAUCGAGCUCCACGGACGAAAACCGGCUCGAUUCGAGGAAUGUAACAAGAACGCAACCUGUCCAACUUGGUUCAAGGGACCAUGGAAAGCUUGUGACAAGCUUUGUGGUGAGGGUAAGCAAACCCGGCAAGUGGUCUGUCAUCGGCGAGUCAACGGUCGAGUGGAGGUGUUUGGAGACGAGGAGUGUCCUGAAGAGAAGCCACCUGCAGAACAGCCCUGUAUCCUGCAUCUUUGUGUUGCAGUGGAUUGGGUGCUCAGUAAUUGGACGGGGUGUGAUACAUGUUCAUCUAAAAACAGAACUAGGGUAGCCCAAUGCGUGACUGAAAACCGCCAAGUGGUUGAUCCAAGCAUGUGCAGUUAUCAUCAAAUGCCAGUUUUGGAAGAGCCGUGCGAUAAAGACAAAUUACCUGAUUGCGAAGUACAAUGGUACGCGACCCAGUGGAGCAAAUGUACAAAGGUAUGCGGCGGCGGUGAACAGAAACGAGCAAUUAUGUGUCUUCGCGGUAACAAGGAGUCUAAAGACUGUGCUGAAGAUUCCAUUCCUGAGAACUGGCGAUCAUGUAAUGAACAGCCCUGUGAUGAAGACCAAAUGCUACCAUUGAAUACUAAGUCUACACCCAUUAUGGAUGAUGAUUACAUUCUCGGGGAAUGUAUUGAGUACGAAAAGGACUACGAAGAAGAAGGAGCCGAAGUUAUUGAUGACACUCUUCCCAGUAAUGAGCUCGACGUCAUGUUUAGUGAUAGCCCAGUUCUAGAAGGCUCUGGUGGCUGGACCGCUUUCACUGAAAUUGAAUCAGAAUUUACUACUGAAGAAGGCUCUGGUGCAGAUAUAAGUGUAACGGAGGUAACGGUAACUCUUAGCGAAUUCACAACAGAUACUAACACAGAUGAAUCUACUGAUAUCACUAUAGCAUCGACAACUUUAACAAAUACCAAUAAACAUUCUGAACACACUACAGAAACCGAAACAAACACCGACGAAACUACCGAAAGUACUGAAGAAUCCACAACUGUAACAAACACAAACAAUAAUGCUGAAAGCACUAUUUAUUCAUCAACUACUGACAUUGCAACUGAGAGUACGAUUGAUUCCACCACUGGAACAAAUAUUGUAGAAUAUAGUGAAAGUACGACCGUAACAAAUACAGAUAAUGUAACAGAAAUUAAUUUAGAUUCAACAACUGAAACAAUUACUGAUGAAUCUACUGAAAGUAGUGUAGAACCCACAACUGGAACAAAUAUUGAAAGUACUAUAGUUUCAACAACUGAAACAAAUACUGAUGAAUCUUCUGAUAGUACUGUAGAAACAACUACAGAUACUGCUACUGGUACUACUUUAGAAUCUACGACUACAACAAAUAAUGACAAUGGAACUGAAAGUACUACAGAUUCAACAACUGAAACUAAUACUGAUGAAACAACUGAAAGUAGUGUAGAAACAACAACAGAUAAUACUACUGAAAUAAGUAUAGAAUCUACCACCGGAACUAACAAUGACAAUGAAACUGAAAGUACUAUAGAUUCGACUACAGCAACAAAUACUGGCGAAUCCUUCGAAAGUACCAUAGAAUCUACAACUGGUACAAAUACUGACGAAUCUUAUGAAAGUACUAUAGAAUCUACAACAGGAACAAAUGGAGAAAAUGCUUCUGAAAGUACUUUCGAAUCGACGACAGGAACAAAUACUGACAAUGGAACUGAAAGUACAAUAGAAUCCACUACUGAAACGAGUACAGAUAGUACUAUUGAUAGUACUAUUAAAUCCACAACUGGAGCAAAUACCGACGAUGAAACUGAAAGCAGUUUAGACAGCACAACUGGAACAAAUACUGACAAAUCAUCUCAAAGUACUGUAGAAUCUACAACAGACAGCUCUACUGAAACAACUAUAGAAUCUACAACGGGAAUGAAUACGGAUGAAUCUACAAGUGGCACAACUGAUGUAGGUCUUCAGACUGGUAGCACAGAAAUAGGAACAGAAAUAGUCUCGACAACAGAUGCUGGGUUCAGUUCGACUGAAAGCUCUACUAUAACAGAAGCUGGAACAACACAGACUGGAACCAGUGAAUAUGCCGAAACAUUUUCCACCGAAUCUAACGGACCAACAUCAUUAACGCAAGAAAGUACUACUGAAGCUCAAUUGGACUGGAAAUCAACUGUUGAAGUAUACACUCAACGGCAGAAAUGUAAGAUUAGGCGUAAGAUCGCUAAAUGCACGGAUAUUCGGAUAUAUCCGUACGGAUGCUGUCCUGACAAACGAACACCUGCGAACGGGCCUUUCGAUCUAGGUUGUAAGAACAUUACGACGUGCGCUGACACAAAGUACGGUUGCUGUCCCGACGGUGUAUCACCAGCUCUGGAUGAUAAAGGAGCGGGCUGUCCUGUCACACCCUGUAACGAGACGCUCUACGGCUGCUGCAAGUCUGACAACAUUACUGCUGCUACUGGAAAUGAUGAUGAAGGAUGUCCCGUAAUACCAGCCUGCAAGACUACAGAAUUUGGCUGUUGCGAAAAUGAGACCAUUUCCGCUUCAGGACCUAACAAGCAAGGAUGUCCUGAAACAGAAGUAACAACGACAGAAGGUACUACAGAGUAUUCAGAGAUUUCCACCACCUCGACAGAAACCCUUACAACAGACAGUUCGACAAGCUUCACAGACCUAGAAGCCGAGACUACAACAGUGGUCUACACCGAAAGUACAACAGAUGUUACGACAGACGACUGUACCGCUUCUGAAUUUGGAUGUUGCCUUGAUAACAUCACUGAAGCUUCAGGACCUAACGGCCAGGGAUGUCCAUGCAGUAUAUCUGAAUUUGGCUGUUGUCCUGAUAAUGUCACAGCAGCUAUAGGUCCAAAUCUAAAAGGCUGUGGAUGCAUCACGUCUAAGUUUGGAUGUUGUUUGGACGGUGACACUCCUGCGCAUGGACCGGACCUGGAGGGCUGUUGUGCGCAGUCUCCGUUUGGAUGUUGCCCUGACAACUACAAGGCAGCUGAAGGACCACAUCUUGAAGGAUGCAGUUGCCAGACCGCCCACUUUGGCUGCUGUCCGGACAACGUCACCAUCGCACGAGGUCCCAAUAACGAGGGUUGUGGAUGUCAUUACACCGAGUAUGGAUGCUGUCCUGAUAGACAUACAGCAGCGACUGGAUAUAACUAUGAAGGCUGUGGCUGCCACACGUAUCAAUUCGGGUGCUGUCCUGACGGUGUGACGAUAUCCAGUGGCCCCGGUCUCGCGGGCUGUCUCUGCCAGCAUUCUCCAUUCAAAUGUUGUGGUGAUGAAGUCACAGCGGCUACUGGACCGGAUGGAGCAGGAUGUAACUGCGCGAACAGUAAAUAUGGCUGUUGUCCUGAUGGAACUACUGCUGCAGCAGGGCCGAAAUUCCUGAACUGUACAAAUAUACCGAUAAAUAGACAAGAGGCUUGUAGUCUGCCGAAGGACAGCGGCGAGUAUAACACUAACGUCAUAGACCGUGCAGUCGUCACAACUAAGAAGUGGUACUACGACAUGACGUACGGUGGAUGCGCACCUUUCUGGUACUUGGGCUUCAAGGGCAAUCCCAACAGGUUCUCAACACAAGAAGAGUGUCAAGAUGUCUGCGUUCAUCCAGCGCCUAGAGACGCGUGUAAAUUGCCGUCAUCAAAAGGCUCGUGCACAGGAUAUAAUGUGAAAUGGUACUACGAUUCUAACCAAGAACGAUGCGCCAAGUUUAUCUACGGCGGCUGCCUCGGCAAUGAUAACAGAUUCGACUCCGAGGAACUAUGUCAAGCCAGUUGUAGGCCUGAGAAGACUGAAGAGCAAUGCAAACAGCCAAUUGAACAAGGAAGCUGCGCUGGCUCCUAUCUCCGUUGGGGCUUCAACCCGGAGACGCGAAAAUGCAGUCAGUUCAUCUGGGGCGGGUGCGAGGGUAACGCAAACAGGUUUAAUUCUGAAGCUGCCUGUAUGAUGCAAUGCAAUGCGCCUGGAGUACCUCAAGCACGAUGCAAGUUGCCAGGACCAGUUGUUGGGACCAGCACGGGGAAGUAUCCCAUGUGGUCGUUCAAGCAAACAGAGAACAGAUGUGUACCGUUCUAUUACACUGGUGAUGGUGGGAAUGACAACAUGUUUGAAAGUGAACAGGACUGCGUAGAUGCGUGUCCUAGUGCCUAUGUUCCAGAUGUAUGCACCUUGCCAGCCCACCCAGGUGACUGCGACCGCUAUGAAACACGAUGGUUCUUCGAUACGAAGCUGACAAGGUGUCGUCAAUUCUACUACGGUGGGUGUGGAGGAAACGAGAACAACUUCGCAACAGAGGCCGAGUGUGAGAACAGAUGCUCGGAGGAGGCAGCUGUCACCACCACAGUGCAGCCCACCAAUCGCUAUUGGAACGAUUAUUGCGUGCCCGAAGCGGAUCCAGGACCAUGCACCCAGUUUGAGGAGAUGUGGGCUUUCAGCGUGACGAGCGGCACUUGUAAAAGAUUCCGCUUUGGAGGCUGUGGUGGUAACAACAACAGAUUCCCCGACCUGAAAACGUGUUUGAGCAUCUGCGCGCCAGACCAAGAAGUGUGCCAACAGCCCAUGCAAGCGGGCCCGUGUCAAGGAUCCUUCAUGAAAUGGUUCUUCGACGCAGCUACCGGAUCCUGCUCUCAGUUCACAUACGGAGGAUGCCAAGGAAAUGACAAUCGGUUUGACUCUCGCGAGGACUGUGAGCGGCGUUGCAGAUCUCAAGAACCCGAGCCUGUUAGAACUACCACCAUAUCGCCGGUACCAAAGAUAAUUUACGAAGAAUGUCAGAUCUCGCCUGAGCUCGAGGAGUGUCAGGGUUCAGCUACUACGGUGUGGUACUUGGAUCCCUCACGGCGUGCCUGUGUUCCCCACGACAACGCAGACAACGGCAAACUCUGCAGACUCACAGGAGUCUACUUAUCAGAGGAGGAAUGCGAGCGGUUUUGUGGAGCUUUCGAGGGCAUUGAUGUGUGCCACGCCGCCGUGGACCCCGGCACCUGCGGGGAGUCCAUCACCAAGGUGUUCUACAACGUCACCAGCGAUCGGUGCGAGUGGUUCACCUACAGCGGUUGUCUGGGCGGCGCCAAUCGCUUCUCUUCGAUGCAGGAGUGUGAGAUUGAAUGCAGAGCGCACGCAGAUACUUGUCGGCAGGAGCCAGAACCUGGCAAUUGUUUGGAGAGCUACGACUCCUGGUACUUUAACGCAAGAACUAAAGAGUGCGAAGAGUUUACCUACACCGGCUGUCAUGGGAAUGAUAAUAGAUUUGCUACAAAAGAUGAAUGCGAGAUUCAGUGUUCUGCCAGUGCGGUUACUACUAGAAGGCCUGUCCCAACAACCAGAGCUCCUGUUGUAGACACAACUCUUUCUACUGCAUAUGUCCCAGAUAGCCGGAGGGACUCUGAGUGCCAAACACCAUCAUCUCUUGAAGCGUGCGGUGUAAACGUCACAGCAUUCUACUACGACUCCAGCGAGCAGCGGUGUGUGGAGGGAAUCAUUGGCAACUGUCCCAAUAUUAACGCGUAUAACACCGAAGAGGAGUGUGAGAGACAGUGCGGAGCAUUCAGAGGACUGGAUGUUUGCAGCCAUGAGAUGGACCCAGGCCCCUGCCUCUACAUUAUCCCCAAGUUCUACUGGGAUAUCAUAUCUCGCCGCUGCCUACCUUUCACGUACGGAGGCUGUAAAGGUGGACCCAAUCGCUUCUCCACUGAAUCUGAAUGUGAAGAAGUUUGUGGUUUUAAUAAUCCCAAAAUGGAGUGCCUGCUUCCUGUGUCGAUCGGCGAAGAGUGCGCUUCCGGCACUGGAUCUAGGCGUUGGCACUACAGCGAGAGUCACGGCGAGUGCCUGCCCUUCGUGUUCUUGGGCUGCGGGGGCAAUGACAACAACUUCCACUCGUACCAGGAGUGUAGCGGGCGCUGCAAGUUGCCGGCGCCACUCGGUAUUACAUUGCUGAGCCAACUGACAUCUCUUGUGUUCUACAUGGCAUAGGCAGCGCUGUUCUAUUGAUUUAGUAACGAGGAAAUAUUAGUGACCAAUCUGAAAAAAGAGAUUGUAUGAAACGUGUAGUCCUUGAGAGAUUGACAGAUGACGGCUUUAAUCAUGAAAAAAUGGAGAUAACCGAAGUCCACUUCGGUUUAGGCGACUGUUACUGUACUUUAAAACUUAGCAGGAUUAUACUUCGUCGCCAUAAUAUUGUAAUUUACUAUUUCAAACUUAUGUCAAAUAACUGCACGUUUCACACUAAAAUAA